CCAUAAGUCUGGUUCUCCCUGCUAUUACUCGUAGACAAUUAUAUCUUGCUCUUCCACGCACCUCCUACCUCCGUCCGGAGUCUACCCUUGCUUGACCCUUGCUCUUCUCUCAACAGAGGGCAUUGUCGACAGAGAUGCACGGAAUAACAGAUCGUAUCGUCCAUGUCGUGCUCGACCACUGGCUGUCGGUUAUCGUGACAGUCGUGGUAGCAUGGCUGGUUAAGAACAGAUACCACAACGGACUCAACAAGUACCCCGGCCCCUUCCUGGCCUCCCUGACGGACUGGUGGCGCUUUCUCGACGUCUACGGCCGGAGACCAGACAUAACCCACCUGGCCCUCCACAGGAAACUCGGCGAUGUCGUGCGCCUGGGGCCGAACACCCUCUCCUUCUCGGACCCCAAGGCCUUGAAGACCAUCUAUGGCCUGAACAAGGGCUUCGUCAAGUCUGAUUUCUACGUCGUUCAGCAGUCGGUAGUCAAGGGACACAGCCUGCCCUCGCUGUUCAGCACGAAGGACAACGACUUCCACGCCCAGUUCCGACGAUGCGUGAACUCGGCCUUUGCCAUGUCGGCCCUGGUCCAGUACGAGCCCUUCGUCGAUAACACGACCAAGCUGUUCCUGAGCCAGACGGAGAAGCUCUACGUGGGCAACCCCGAGGGAUGUGACUUCACCCGCUGGCUGCAGUUCUACGCCUUUGACGUGAUUGGGGAAAUCACCUACAGCAAGAGGCACGGCUUCAUCGAGCACAACAAGGACGUUGACGGCAUCGUAUCUUACCUGACGUGGCUGUUCCUCUACGUCGCCCCUAUUGGCCAAAUCCCGAUACUCGACCGUCUCUUCCUCAAGAACCCCAUCUACCUUAAGCUGUCCGAGUGGGGCAUCAUCGACGCCACGUUCCCCGUCGCGCGCUUCGCCCGCGACCGCAUGGCGGAGCGUCUCCCCGAGCUGGGACUGGGCGACAGCAAGCCCCUCCUGCCGACGACGGCGGCGCCGGGCCCCAACGUCAAGUCGCCCGACCUUCUAUCCAAGUUCCUGGCGGCGCACGACACGCGGCCCGAGUUCAUGACCAACACGUUGGUGCAGACCAUGGCGGUGAGCAUGGCCUUCGCCGGCUCCGAGACGACGGCCAUCAGCCUGUCGGCCGUCUUCUACUUCCUGCUCAAGAACCCGGUCCGCCUGGCGCGCCUGCGCGCCGAGAUCGACGACGCCGCCCGCGCCGGGGCCUUCAGCGACAGCGAGUCGGGCCUCGUCACCUGGCACGAGAGCCAGCGGCUCGUCUACCUGGACGCGUGCGUCAAGGAGGCCUUCCGCCUGCACCCGGCGCCGGGCCUGCCGAUGGAGCGCGUCGUGCCCGAGGGCGGCAUCGAGAUCUGCGGGCGCUACGUCAAGGGCGGCACCAUCGUCGGGUGCUCGGCCUGGGUCAUUCACAAGGACAAGCGCGUGUUUGGCGAGGACGUCGAGGCGUACAGGCCAGAGAGGUGGCUGCCGGACGAGGCGAAGUCCGCCACCGAGGCCGGCAGGGCGGCCGAGGAGCAGCGCAUCAAGGAGAUGAACGGGACUAUGCUCCAGUUCGGUAUGGGCAGCCGGACGUGUAUCGGGAAGAAUAUCAGUCUGCUUGAGAUCUACAAGCUUGUGCCUAGCAUGCUGAGGAGGUUCGAGAUCCAGUUCAAGGACCCCAACCAGGAAUGGGAGCUGGUCAACGCCUGGUUCGUCAAGCAGAACAACUUCACCACGACCUUUAAGCUGCGGGACAUCGUACAGCCCAAGGCUGGCGUUGCUGUGUCCGAGAAGUGAGGGCCGCCCCCCCGGGGGGACCGGGUUGUUUGAUAUACUGGCCGCGCCCGGUUGUGAAUUCGACCGGGCAUGAAAGAUAAUCAGGGUAGGAAGAGGGUUGAUAGGUGGC